CUAAAAUUCAUUCAAGAAUCAGUGUCUAACAUACAGACUCCUUACGGAGUUUCAUCUUUCUUAAAGAGAAUAGACAACAUUUUCAGGUCUUGAAAACCAGGUACUGUUUUCCCUCCACUUCAAAGUCUGACAAAACCCUGUAAAAAAAAAACCACAAAUGUAUUAAACUAUUCAUGAGAAUCAUAUUUCCAAAUGGUCCUCAUAUGUCAUAGUAGUCAUAAAGAGCCUUCCUUUGUCCUGAUGGCUCUAAAUGUUUACAUGGGCGCAGUUAAUUGUUUUGACAGUUUGAGCCCAUGUCCCUGUUUAUUCCCUCUGAUGAGCAUGUGUCCGGACCCCUCCCUCCGACACCCCGCUGUCAUCCACCAUCACUCCUCUGGGCAGUGCACGCCUUCCCUGCCGGCAGAUCCAGACUGUAGAAGGCGAUGAAGAUGAUGAUGAUCCUCGGGGGCAGUAUUUAAAGCCCCAGGAAAGCGGAAGCCUGGUCUGGGCCGAGUUAUCAGCUGACAGGAGGGAGACAGGGAGGUGCUGUGGUUGGCUAGCGCAGCUCAGACAGCUCUAGCUGAGCUGCUGCACCCUUGUUUUGUAGUUCCUUCCGUCCUACAGUGAAAAUGGAGUGAGGAGACAAAGCGAGGUUAAAGGGGCGCUGAUGAAAGCUGCCCUGAAAAGUCACUGAACACCGAAGAAGAGUCAUUGUUCUCUGGUGGAAAGCAGCAGGCGUUCGCGCUCAUUGUUAUUCCCCCGUGCUCGGACCAUCCGGCGCCUACAACCCUCAACGCCAUCGCUUCUGCCUGUACGGCCGGCGUCUGGACGUGGCGGACGAGGCUGCCAUGACGACAGGCGGGUGCUGCCACCUGCCCGGCUCCCUGUGCGACUGUGCCGGCGCGGCGGGCAUGUGGAAGAUUGUCGAGGAGGCGGGCGGCGAGGGGUGCCAGGCCCUCUACGUCACUCAGGUCACGGCGCUGGACGGGCGGCUGCUGUCCUCCGUGCUCAAACCCAUGAGCAUACAAAGCGACGGUCCCAUCUGCCGCAUUUGCCACGAGGGGGGCAGCAGCGAGGGUCUCCUGUCCCCGUGCGACUGCACGGGCACGCUGGGCACGGUGCACAAGAGCUGCCUGGAGAAGUGGCUGUCGUCGUCCAACACCAGCUACUGCGAGCUCUGUCACACAGAGUUCAGCAUCGAGAGGCGACCCAAGCCGCUCACAGAGUGGCUGCAGGACCCCGGCCCUCGUAACGAGAAGCGGACGCUGUUCUGCGACAUGGUGUGCUUCCUCUUCAUCACGCCGCUGGCGGCAAUCUCCGGCUGGCUGUGCCUGAGGGGGGCUCAGGACCACCUUCACAUGGGCAGCUGGCUGCAGGCCGUGGGCCUCAUCGCGCUCACCAUCGCCCUCUUCACCAUCUACGUCCUCUGGACCCUGGUCUCUUUCCGCUACCACUGUCAGCUCUACUCCGAGUGGAGAAGAACAAAUCAGAAAGUGCGUCUUCUCAUUCCCGAAGCCAAGGAGUCCAGCUCUUCCCAGCAUUCCUUGCUCUCUAACAAACUGAAGAAGUCUGCCAGUCAGAGUAUAGUAUGAGAGCAGAUGGAGACGUGUGGGAAGCUUGCAUCACGUUUGUUGGCUGGACUUCAAAGAAGCACUUCUGGGCUCUUUUUUUUUAAAUUUGUUUUACUUUAUAUUGCUUUCUUCCUUGUUUGCAUAUUUUUUUCCACUCCAUCUGACAAAUGCGUUCUGCAGGAACGCAUUUAAAAAUCGAGUCCUUCUGGGGUUUUUUAAUCACUGGAUGUUUGAUAAAGUUUAUGCAAAAAAACAAAACAGAAAGAAGACUGGGAGAUGGCAUGUGAUGUUCAGAAGCGUACAUGUUUUCUGACUCAUCGUGAUGGAUGUGAGGAUGAUGAUGAUGAGCGGUUCUGCUAACCAUAAAUGGAUUUCCAUAAUCGUCCCCCACAGUUUGGCAACCUCUCUUACCCUGAAGUGUUGCACAUUCAGGCAUAAACCCCAAAUUAACCCUCGAUUGUGAACAAAAAUCUGAAAAAUGUAGUUCACAUUUGUGAUACCCUUACAUAUGAAAGUGUAACCAGCUGCCAUGAAAAGACACCCAGUUUGUAAGUGUGUGUCGUCUUACCAGUAUUUAAAGGAAACCUUUUUGCAAGGCUCUGCAGGACGAUUUCUCAGUGUGACGAAAACGGUAACUGCACCCUAAGCGGGGUGUUUUGUGUUGACGUGCGUUAGCCUGCCUCUCUGUCGUUUGCAACUCACUGCCGCACGAGUGUGCUCUCAUAUUACUGUGACCGAAGCAGGUUGGGGGGGAAAAAACCCUCCCAUUUUUGAUUUAUAUUUCACAACCCAGAGUUUGAGUUAACGCGCGACUCAGAUUUUUCACUGCAGCAGUUUUGUUUUUUUAUUUGUUUGUUUUUUUUAACUUCCGGUCUAGUAAGGGACGACUAUGUAACAUUGUGCAAUAACAACACUGUGGAAAUUGAGGCUUUUACUGUAAGCAAAGAUACUAAGAUGCACAGUUAUGCAUUGCAUGCUAACCUCACAAUUAGUGAUUUUAGGAUUUUUUUUUAUUUUUCUGUUGGUGUAUUUUUAAAUUCAUGUUCGACUGCGUUUCCUGUUUUCCAGCUGAAGCCGGCUUUGCCAGCAAGGUUUUUGUAUCAUCAGCACUGAAUAUGUCGGUGUUUAUUUGGAGAGACAGAAACUAAAACAGCUUUUAAAAGAACAUUUUAUAUACACACACACACAUAUAUAUAUAAUUUAGUUUUUUUUGUUUUUUUUAACCCACAGUAGUAUUGCAGAAGCAUAUUCUAGGGUUUGAGUUCAACGUUGCUGUAGGAAUCAGUUUUGGGAUGGUCAGUCUAGUGGUUGGUGGUGUGGACGCCUACCUUGGUGCAGUAUUCUCCGAAUGUGAGCUUCCUAGAGCAGGAGUGUCAAACUCUGUUCCGUUUUGGGUCAUAUCAAAAAUCUGGAUGUUCUUAAAGGGCAGGUUGUGCCAGAAUGCAUUGAUAAAACCCACUAAACUGUUAAAAUAUUAACAAAUGGAUGUCUCUCCAGGAUUUUGAUUGUUUUUUUGGGGCUUUUUUGUAAUCAAAAUCACACAUUUUGUGAUGCUAAUUUAGAAACAUUUGUAAGGAAUUCUUAUGAUAUUUGAGUUGAUGUGUGAUGUUAAAUGUAACUUUUUCUUACUUGACAUCGGCUGUGGCAGCAGUCACUUAAACUCAAUGUUUUUGAGCAAUUUUGAGAAAAAAUUGCAGUAAAAUCAGAAACGACGUGCGGAUCUGUUGAUUCUUAGGUGAAUUUUGAGGAUUUGUGAAAAACUGGAGGGAUUUAUUGAUGUGAUUUGCCACAUAAAAAGCUACGGCGGGCCAGAUUUGGCCUCGAGUUUGACACAUCUGCUCUAGAGGGAUCAUAUAAAUGCCGGCGCAGGCGGAGCUGCGAAUUGGAGUGAAAAGCGGCAACGGGUUCAGUUUAAUACGUCAGCUAUAAACUUAGCUAGAUAUUACAAUAUUUUGUGGUUUUCCUUUAAUAAUGAUUUAUAUAUAUAUAUAUAUAUAUAUAUAUAUAUAAACUCAUCCGUCUUUUUUGACAGUAUGUCCAUCACCUGUUUCUCAAAGCUUCACAAACACAAUGCCUUAAGAAUAAAGCAUUCCUGUUGUGAUAUAGGCUGAUGCAUCCACUGCUGGUAUUCUACAGCUAAUUUAAUUUAAACAUUUCUUAUAUUUAUUGAAGCACCCAUGAAACCAAAAAUGUGUCCAAACAGUAAAAAAAAUAAAAAUCUCAACCACGCUGUCAGUUUUUAAACAUCAAGUAAAGUUUAUGCCAUAAAUCAGUUUUUAUCCAGAUAUCUUUCCUACACCUAGAUCAGACGACCUUGUUUGCUGUUAUCACAUAAGUGAUCGUGCAUGUUUACAUUGUAGAUGGAUCUAUUUUUCCAAGCGCAGUGUAGUUGCAGUUUCAGGAGGGAAAGCUUGGUUUUAAACACUAAGUUUACAGUAACUGGGCGGAUGAAACUCUUUGAUCUUGUGCCACAAACUGCUUCUGUUUGAGAUUUUGUACAAGAGAAAAGUGUGUUAAGGGUAUUUGAUUAUUAUUUUUUACAUAUAUAUUCCAAUAAUGUUUACACUAGCUUCUACCAGAAAAAAAUAUUUGAUCACUGGUUAUUUUUUAUUAAAAAUGCAUUUAAUCUCCUCGCUGAGACUUCACUGGGUCGGGGCUGUGAUUUCCUGCUCAUCGUAAACACCAGCGGCUGCCAGUCUGUUGAGCAACAAAGAAAUGGACAGACUUUUUCUUGUAUUAAGUGCGUUGAAAAUUAUGCAAAACUGCCCCCAUUUUGGCUACGGCGUUGCCAUAGAGAUGUAAAAAUCAUCACCCGCUCCCCUAAAGCGUCUCUCUCUGCGCUGUGGUCAAUCUGUGUAUUCAACCCAUAAAAUGUCACCCAAGAGAUUGUAAAUAAUGUAAAUGUCACUUGUUUUUCUAACACUUCUGUCCUGUUUGUUUGUUUUUUGCUUCUUUUUUUUUAAAGAGACAGGGUUGUUUGUACUCCAUAGGUUGAGUUGCAGUUCUUUGUAAUAUUUACGGUGUUUUCUGAUACAUUACAGGAUGUCUUUUUUUUUUUUUCUUUUUUUUUUAAAUCCUGGUACCUUCAAUCAGCCAAGAAUUGUUUGCUAAAAUGUAAUAAUAAAUUCUGCGUGGGUAUUAAUCUA